AUGAGAUCCUACGGCUCAACUUUCGCCUGCGCCCUCGCACUUAUUAGCACUAUCUCGGCAGCAGCACUCCCACUCGACACAGUCAGCGAUCUCGUCAGCGACCUUACAUCAAACGCACUAGUACUGGGAUCAGCGCCACCCACACUAGUAACUGACAUAGUAUCCAGUGACCCAGUUUCCAAUGUUGGAAAUGCGGCGAGUGAGGUAGUUAGUGAAUUGAAGGCGUCUAAGGAGGAGUCUGUGGUGGCAAGCAAGAUUUCUUCAGUUACUAGCUCUGUAUCAGCAGCUGCUUCGGGUGCUGCUUCGGCCGCGGAUGCUGCUGUUCUUAAGAUUUCAAAGGGAUUUCCUUCAGACAUUUUCCCGGGCUUUUUCCCGGGUACCAUUUUGACUUGCAAGUACGGCGAUUCUGUUGCUUCGGGAUUGGUAGACAUAAUUGGGAUUCCCUCUAAAGAAGCUGGUUCUGCACCAGCCUGUUCCACCUCAUCAUUCCUCACGGGCACCUAUAUGCUUAUCAUGAUUGACCCGGACGCGGUCAACCCCCAACACAUUCACUACCUCCAAACAGAUCUCAGCUGCUCCAAUAGCACAUCUAAUAACUCUUCAAGCAGCGGAAAGAAUACUCUCUCAACAGCUGUUGCGCCAAUACUAGAAUACGCCGGUCCAUCUCUUCCGUUAGGCACCGGGUUCCACAGAUACACAACGUUCCUGAUGCAUCAACCGGAGGAUUUUAGCAUGAGUGACAGUCACGACUUUGACAGAGAGAAUUUUGACAUUGUUAAUUUCGCAUCAAAGCACAAGCUUGGGCAGCCUGCUGGAGCCACCUUCUUUGUUGCCGAAAACCUUACGGGCGACCUUAAGGGCAGCCUGCUAUCAGGGAAUCUCACAAACGCUCUUCUCGGAAACCUUACACAUGGCCUCCUCGGAAACCUUACACAUGGCCUCCUCGGAAACCUGACUAAUGGCCUCUUUGGAGACCUUACAAAGCUUCUUAAUGGCACUCUUCUGGACCCGUUCCUUGGUAACCGUACCAACACAACUCUUCUUGGGUCAUCGUUGUUCGGAAACGGCACGCACGGAAACUCUACACUUGGUAACGGGCAUAACUCUACUAGUAAUGGUACUUUAAGCACGAAUGAGGGAAAGGAUGGAAAGGAUGGAAAGGAUGGAAAGUCCUCUACUGGCCCUGUUCCCAUCUCGCCUACCGCCAAAGCACACUCCGAGUCAGUCAGCAGCGAAGAUGAUAUUAACGGCUUGUCUACUGGCGGGUCUUCAGUGGUGAUUGCCAACUUUGCACUAGCAGGGUUUGUAGGCAUGGUAACCGUGGGUGUGGCGUACUUGUAG